GGCAUCAGCAGUAAACGGCUCGGUGCAUGUGGCUGGAUCCUCUUUUCCCUUUCUUUGUUGCUGAUGAUCAUUACCUUCCCCAUCUCCAUAUGGAUGUGCUUGAAGAUCAUUAAGGAGUAUGAACGUGCUGUUGUAUUCCGACUGGGACGCAUCCAAGCUGACAAAGCCAGAGGGCCAGGUUUGAUCCUGGUCCUGCCCUGCAUAGAUGUAUUUGUCAAGGUUGAUCUCCGAACUGUUACUUGCAACAUUCCUCCACAAGAGAUCCUCACCAGAGACUCCGUGACUACUCAAGUGGAUGGAGUCGUCUAUUACAGAAUCUAUAGUGCUGUCUCAGCAGUGGCUAACGUCAACGAUGUCCACCAAGCCACAUUUCUGCUGGCUCAGACUACUCUGAGAAAUGUCUUAGGGACGCAGACCCUGUCCCAAAUUUUAGCUGGCCGAGAAGAGAUUGCCCAUAGCAUCCAGACCUUACUUGAUGAUGCUACCGAGCUGUGGGGGAUCCGGGUGGCCCGGGUGGAAAUCAAAGAUGUCCGGAUUCCGGUGCAGCUACAGCGGUCCAUGGCAGCGGAGGCUGAGGCCACCCGGGAAGCCAGGGCCAGGGUCCUUGCAGCGGAAGGAGAAAUGAAUGCUUCCAAAUCUCUGAAGUCAGCCUCCAUGGUGCUGGCCGAGUCCCCCAUAGCCCUGCAGCUGCGUUACCUGCAAACCCUAACCACCGUGGCCACGGAGAAGAAUUCCACCAUCGUGUUUCCUCUGCCCAUGAAUAUCCUGGAGGGCAUUGGUGGUGUCAGCUACCAUAAUCAACAGAAGGUUCCGAACAGAGCCUGAGGUCCUCCUGCUGUAGUCAGCCAUUGCUUGGGGGAGCUGUUUCUAUCUCUCCAGAGAACCCAGCACUUAGAAGUGCUGAGAGUUGCAACA